AAGCAGAGGCUGGUCGAGAGAGGAGCCUUCAAGAGCUGUCGGAGGCUACGCUCACGUUGAAGGAUCAACAGAAGGGCGCUGAGGAGGGCAGAGCGAGAGCUGAUGAGGAAGCGGUAGUUAAUGGAGUUGGUUGCCGUUCCUGGUCUAUGCUGGAGCU